AUGUUUGACAGCUCGCAGUAUCCCUACAACUGCUUCAAUUACGACGCCGACGGCUGCCCCGCCGGCAGCUCCGACGAAGACAAGAGGCUCACGCGGCCCGCUUACAGCUACAUCGCCUUGAUCGCCAUGGCCAUUCAGCAGAGCCCCGCGGGGAGGGUGACCCUGUCCGGCAUCUACGACUUCAUCAUGCGCAAAUUCCCCUAUUACCGCGCCAACCAGCGCGCCUGGCAGAACUCCAUCCGCCACAACCUGUCCCUCAACAGCUGCUUCGUCAAGGUGCCGCGGUCCGAGGGCCACGGGAAGGGCAAAGGCAACUACUGGACGUUCGCGGGCGGCUGCGAGUCGCUGCUGGACCUCUUCGAGGACGGCAACUACCGGCGGCGGCGGCGGCGGCGCGGCCCCAAGCGCGAG